AUGUAAAAUAAAUACCAGAAAAUAAUGUUAUUGGAAAUUUACGUAAGUUAAAAAUAAAUGUGCGUGCGGGGUGUAUAUUUUAUAUGGUUCGGUUAGCUUUAAGUAAAGCAGAUUUUGCAAAAAAAAAAAAUCAAUGCAGUCCAAUUGAAUUAUGGCUUGGCUGUACAUAUUUUCUAUUAAAUGAUUUUAUUGCAAUGUUUUUUUAAAUAAAAACGUAAGAAUAUAAUGUGAAAGCUGAAGAGCAGUGCCGGCGUCGCUUUUGACUCACAAAUCAUAUUAAUCACCCCCUGAAAUACAGAUACACGAUCUAACUUAAAAUUUAAUUGAAACUGAAUUUUGGUGUUGGUUGAAAAUUGGUGAAGUAGCUUAAAGUAAAUUAAAAUUUUGACAAAAACUUAACUUAGAAUUGCUAAAAAAUUGCUUGUGGUGAAGGAAAUGCAAUAAUUAUCAAAAACAAAAAAAAAAAAUAAGUUAAUUAGAUGUAAAUAUAUAAACUAAAACAAGACUUUAAAUUAAAAUUAAAUUUUACGAAAUAAAAAUUUUAAAUAAAAUAUAUGAAACAUGGUACGUAGUCGCCGUUCCAUAUCGAAAGAUUAUGCCUCAUCGUUGCUGGGUGACAGUGGCAUAUCACUUUCGUCUCCGCCAGCGGCACGUUUAAUUCUAGAUGAGAAAGAGGAGGAAGCUAUUAUAGAACAGCUAUGUGUCACUGAUGAUGAAGAUGAUGAUGCCAAUGAUAUUGAUUAUAAUCCCAUUUGUGAUGAUACCAACUCACAAAAGUCUGAUAAUGAUCAAGUUUCACCGAGUUCAUCGCUGGAAGAUGAAACUGAAGCAAAACUUGAAUUAUCUAUAUCGUCGUCAUUAUCUACAUUGAGAACAUCUUCUAUACGAAAAUCAACUAGCAAACAAUCAGGAGUAGUAGCCAAAAAAUCUCGCAUUUCGCACAUUUGUCAAAUUUGUCAGAAGGAAUUUGGUGGUAAAACUGAUCUUAAACGUCAUAUACUCAUUCACAGUAAUGAACGUCCACACAAAUGUGAACAGUGUAGCAAAUGCUUUCGUCAGGCUGUCAAUUUAAAGAAUCACAUAACGACCGUACAUGAGGAUAAACGCCAAUUUCCAUGCCAGUUGUGCCCGAAAUCGUUUGCGCUUAAAGAGCGUUUGCGUCUACAUAUGCGUAUACAUUCGGGAGAGAAACCAUACGUCUGCAAUUUGUGUGAUAAGAGUUUUGCCAGAGGUGGGCAGUUAAAACAACAUCAAAUAUCACAUCAUAAGAACAGUAUUAAGAAGUUCGUUUGUAACAAGUGUUCCGCGAGUUUUUCAUCACCUACUAACUUGCGUGUACAUAUGGAACGGCAUGAACAGGGUCCUGAUCAUUUUUGUGAAAUUUGCAAAGAACACUUUCCUAAUGAUGUCGUCUUGCGUGCUCAUAUUAAAAAUGUACACUUUAAACUGAACCAAUUUGAUUGUGAUGUGUGUAAAGAGACUAUCGAGGAUGGUGAUUUGAUUACGCAUAUGAAAACUCAUAAAAAUAUCAAGACUCAUAUAUGCGGAGUGUGCAAUUCAUGCUUUACACAAAAGUCUCAAUAUAAUGUUCAUAUGCGAAUGCAUACUGGAGAACGUCCUUAUCAGUGUCAAAUAUGUUGGCAAACAUUUGCUUACUCCAGCGUACUCAAAUUGCAUAUUCGUGUCCAUACUGGUGAAAAGCCAUUCCUGUGUCAAAUAUGUAAAGAUGAAUUGGGCUUUUCACAAUUGGCUCAUCUGAAAACACACAUGAAAAGGAUACAUCAUCAGGAUAAAGCGUAUAUGUGUACUACUUGCAAUAAAUUUUUUAAAAUUAAGGCUGAAUUACAAUCCCAUGUACAGAAAUGUAACAAAAGUAAAAAUGUGACGGAAGAAAGAGAUACCACCGAUGAGGAUAUGCAAACAUUGUCGCACAUGCGUUUCUUGGUAGCUUAUCUAUACAAAAAGAUAUCAUCCAAACAGCGAUUACAGCAAUUGGGUUUUGAGAAGCGUCUAAUUGAUAAUGUUCUAAUAGCAUCGCUUAAACUGGCUAAUCGUAAAGUAUGCGAUGAUCAGAAUCUAUCAGCAAUCGCACGUUUACGUUUAAACGUUGAGGAGUUUCUUAAUUGGAUUGUGCCAGCCAAACCAAUGGAGCAUUUGCGCAAAGAGCAGCUAUCGGUUGAAAGUACUUUAGAUAAAAUCGCAACGAUGUAUAUGAAACAAAAAUGAUUUAGUAACCGCAGCAGUGCUGCAUUCUUUUCUUGUUUUGUUUCUUUAAAAUAUUUAUUUUAUUAGUUUUGCAAUAUUAU